GGCCUGUUCGUCUGGUGGUCAUUACUUGGAUUUCAUCCUUCAACCGGUAACAUCAGUUUAGUUCUCGAGUAUACUUCAAGAUGUCUACCAGCACUUUCAGUUCCCUGGUCUUUCAAGACAACGAGCCAGACUCCGAGCUGCCUGUCCCAGAGCCUGGAGAGUUUGACCGCUUCCAUGACUACCUUGGCUUAGCCCGUCUCAUCACCAAGAUCACCGUAACCUCUCCAAGGACCAGCUCUGUCUCGGAGUCAUCGGAAGAUCAGUUCCUCGGACUCCAGGCGCCAGACAUGGAGACGGACCAAGAGACCAGCAGCAUCGACAGCGGGUCCACCACCGGUUUCCGUCCCUUCACCAUGGACGAGCUGUCCCGUGAGACUGGUCCACCAUCUCGACGUGGCAAUCGGUGGUUGGUUCCCAAGCCAACCUGGUGUGUCUUUUGUAAGAACAACGGCGAGAGCGAAGCGGUCUACACCUCACACGUCCUCAAGAACAGCCUUGACAAGGUGGCCUGUCCUAGGCUACGGGCUUACAUCUGUCCGCUGUGUGGAAUUUUGGAGCGAUAG